CAGAAUGUCAUCAGAGAACCUCGGGUCCAAGGUUCAUAGACACCCAGCUCAGCCAGGCCAGCAGCACCCUCAUUUUCCCCAUGGCCCUCCUGCUCUCUCUACUGACGGCCCUGGUGGUGUUCAGCUAUGGCCCUGGUGGAUCUCUGGGCUGUGACCUGCCUCAGAACCAUGUCCCGGUUAGCAGGAAGAACUUUGUGCUUCUGGGCCAAAUGAGGAGAACCUCCUCCAUCUUCUGUCUGAAGGACAGAAAAGACUUCAGCUUCCCCCAGGAGAUGGUGGAUGGCAGCCAGUUCCAGAAGGCCCAGGCCAUCUCUGUCCUCCACGAGAUGCUCCAGCAGAUCUUCACCCUCUUCCACACAGAGCACUCCUCUGCUGCCUGGAACACGACCCUCCUGGACAACCUCUGCACUGGACUCCAUCGGCAACUGGAAGACCUGGACACCUGUUUGGUGCAGGAGAUGGGAGAGGAAGAAUCUGCCCUGGGAACUGGGGGCCCUACACUGGCGGUGAAGAGGUACUUCCGGGGAAUCCAUCUCUACCUGAAAGAGAAGAAAUACAGUGACUGUGCCUGGGAGAUUGUCAGAGUGGAAAUCAUGAGAUCCUUCUCUUCACUGACAAACUUGCAAGAAAGGUUAAGAAUGAAGGAUGGAGACCUGGGGUCACCUUGA